CCAACGCUAACAAAUUUCAAACUGGGCAGCGGGUAGAAAGACCUGGCAAGAAAAUACAAUAUAAUUAAAGGAUAUAACUAAAUAGUUAAAUAAUGACGAGCACAUUGAAAGGUAUUACCCUGAAAGGAAGCGCUGAGCUUGUGGCCGAGUUUUUCUCAUUCGGUAUCAACAGCAUCCUGUACCAGCGAGGGAUCUACCCUCCGGAGACGUUCUCCCGAGUCACCCAGUAUGACAUGAGCCUUCAACUCACUACUGACACCAAGCUGAAGAGCUACCUGACCAACGUGGUAUCUCAACUCAAAGAGUGGCUGUUUGACUGCACAGUGCAGAAGCUGGUGCUGGUGAUCACAUGUCUGGAGACCAACGAGGUGCUGGAGAGGUGGCAGUUUGACAUUGAGUGUGACAAGAGUGCCAAGGAGAUCAGUGCUCCCAGGGAGAAAUCCAUCAAGUCCAUCCAGGAUGAGAUUCGCUCAGUCAUCAGACAGAUCACGGCCACUGUCACCUUCCUACCCCUGCUGGAGACUGCCUGUGCCUUCGACCUCCUCGUCUACACCGACAAGGACCUGGAAGUGCCGGAUAAGUGGGAGGAGUCAGGCCCCCAGAUCAUUGACCAGUCGGAGGAGGUUCGCCUGCGCUCCUUCACCACCUCCAUCCACAAGGUCAACAGCAUGGUGACCUACAAGAGGACCGACUCAGCCUAGAACCUGACCUCUAACCUACGACCCCCACUGUACAUAGUUAACUCUUAUGGUCUCCUCUCCCCUGCUGCGUACUAUAGGUAUGUUGGAGAUUGACUACAACGGAUCUACAAAUCAUACUCGGUCGUCAUUUAGGAUGCCAGGUGAUUUGUAGAUGAGUCAGCUUGGAGUCGCCGACUGCAAUCUCAAACGCACACAAUAGAUAUGAAAACAAAUGUUACAUAGCCCUCUUCUCCCUUCGCAACUCAUGUCUCUCAUCAUCUUUCUUUACGUACAGUGCCUUCGGAAAGUAUUCUGGCCCCUUAACUUUUUCCACGUUUUGUUAAGUUACAGCCGUAUUCUAAAAUGUAUUCAAUGUUUUUUCACCUUCAUCAAUGUACACACAAUACCCCAUAAUGACAAAGCAAAAUAGUUGAACAAUUUUUUUUGGCCAAUUUAUAACAAACUGAAGUAUCACGUUUACAUAAGUACUCAGACCCUUUACUCGGUACUUUGCUGAACCACCUUUGGCAGCGAUUAGACUCGAGUCGUCUUGGGUAUGCCGCUACAAGCCUGGCACGCCUGUAUUUGGGGAGUUUCUCCCAUUCUUCUCUGCUGAUCCUCUCAAGCUCUGUCAGGUUGGAUGAGGAGCGUUUCUGCACAGCUAUUUUCAGGGCUCUCCAGAGAUGUUCGAUCGGGUUCAAGAACGGCUCUGGCUGGGCCACUCAAGGACAUUCAGAGACUUGUCCCGAAGCCACUACUACGUUGUCUUGGCUGUGUGCUUAAGGUCGUUGUCUUGUUGGAAGGCGAACCCCCCCAGUUUUUCAUCUCUCUAUACUUUGCCCCGUUCAUCUUUCCCCCCCAGUCCCUUCCGCUGAAAAACAUCCCCACAGCAUGAUGCUGCCGCCACCAUUCUUCACCGUAGGGAUGGUGCCAGGUUUCCUCCAGACGUGACGCUUGGCAUUCAGGGCAAAGAGUUGAAUCUUGGUUUCAUCAAACCAGAGAAUCUUGUUUCUCAUUGUCAGGGAGUCUUUAGGUGCCUUUUGGCAAACUCCAAGUGAGCUGUCGUGCCUUUUUACUGAGGAGUGGCUUCCGUCUGGCCACUCGACCAUAAAGGCCUGAUUGGUGGAUUACUGCAGAGAUGGUUUUCCUUCAGGAAGGUUCUCCAAUCUCCACAGAGGACCUCUAGAGCUCUGUCAGAGUGAUCAUCGGGUUCUGGGUCACCUCCCGGACCACGGCCCUUUUCCCCCCGAUUGCUCAGUUUUGCCGGGCGGCCAGCUUUACGAAGAGUCUUAUUUGUUCCAAACUUCCAUUGAAGAAUGAUGGCGGCUACUGUGUUCUUGGACCUUCAAUGCUGCAGACAUGUUUUGGUACACUUCCCCAGAUCUGUGCCUCAAUACAUGCCUGUCUCGGAGCUCUACGGACAAUUCCUUCGACCUCAUGGCUUGGUCUUUGCUCUGACAUGCACUGUCAACUGUGGGACCUUUUAUAUAGACAGGUGUGUGUCUUUCCAAAUCAUAUCCAAUCAAUUGAAUUUACCACAGGUGGACUCCAAACAAGUUGUAGAAACAUCUCAAGGAUGAUCAAUGGAAACGGGAUGCACCUGAGCUCAAUAUCGAGUCUCAUAGCAAAGGGUCUGAAUACUUAUGGAAAUAAGGUAUUUCAGUUUUUUAUUUUUAAUACAUUUGCAAAUAGUUCAUUAUGGGGUAUUGUGUGUAGAUUGAGGAUUUUAAAAAUGUAAUCCAUUAUAAAAUGAGGCUGUACCGUAACAAAUUGUGGGAAAAGUCUAGGGGUCUGAAUACUUUCCAAAGGCACUGUGUGUAUAUAAAUAAUCCUUUUACACUGAUUAUUCUGUCCUGUCUUUUUCUCUGUGUAUUGGGAUACUUUGUUCUUCCUGGCUCGCUGCUUUGAUGUAAAUAUUGCCUGUAAGUGGUUACUGAUCCACUUUGCCUUCAUUUUUUUCUUGUCCUUUAUCCAGUUCUGAGCCUCUUUGUUUUAGAAGCUAGUGGUUUGUGUUGUAUUUUUAAGAAAAUUCCUGAAAUGUGUCCAUUUGAUAGUCCUCAAGUCUGACCUGUGUGUUACUACUGCAAUUGCCCAGAAGGUGGCAAAGUAACACGUUUUUUUGUAUUUUUUAGUUCUGGUUAGUUAUCAUCUCUCUGUAAAUUUAAAAUAAAUGGUUGUUUAGACAA